UAAAGAGGCGCUCCGAGUCUGAAGUCGUUAACGACACAAAACAACAGCAGGCUGGUCAAGCGCUGACCUGACCGAACUUCCAGCUUCACUUUGAAUUAUGGGCAAAAAACACAAGAAACACAAAGCAGACAAAUACACACAAGACGAGUUCACGGAGCGACCUCUGAAACUGGUGUUAAAAGUGGCUGGGAAUGAGGUCACCACAGGCAGCCCUAGCCUUGAGAGUGUUCAUGACGACCAGGUAGAUUACGACAAACACAAAGACAAGAAAAAGAAGAAGAAAAAGAAGGACGAGAAGAGUAGAGCCAGUCCUCCAGUCUCACCGGUUGACGUGAAGAAAAAGAAGAAGAUGACCAAAAAAAGGAAGGGCACAGACUCUGUGGAGCCGGAUUGGGAUGAGCAGAGUAGAACUCCUGCUCGCUCGGAUGUUUCCCAGGACAAGCCCCUCACGCCCUCACUUGCCAGAAUGGAAGAAAAAGAGCAGACUCCUCUACAGGAAGCCCUGAGUCAGCUGAUCAGACAGCUCCAGAGGAAGGAUCCCAAUGCCUUCUUCUCCUUCCCUGUGACGGACCUGAUCGCCCCGGGAUACUCUCUCAUUAUAAAGAGACCAAUGGACUUCAGCUCUAUAAAGGAGAAAGUGAAGAAAGAGCAAUACCAGUCACUUGAGGAGCUCAAGAUGGAUUUCAGAAUAAUGUGCGAGAACGCAAUGAUCUAUAAUAAACCUGAGACCAUUUACUACAAAGCAGCCAAGAAACUCCUUCACUCUGGCAUGAAGAUCUUGAGCACAGAGAGACUAGAUAGUUUAAAGCAGAGCAUAGAGUUUAUGGCUGAUCUGCAGACUUCCAACAGCCAGUCAGGAGAGGAGGAAGUUGGGGCUUCUGACCCUGUCAAAGACAACUCAUCUGUCAUGGACACAAGUGACAACUCCCAAUCACCCCGUGUAGCCAACAAAGACACUCCAAGAAGGGACAGCAAGGACGAGGCUCAGAAGAGUGUUAACCAAGCAGAGAAAGACCUGGAAGAAAUCAAGAAGAUUGUUGAGGAGUCUGGUGGGAAACUCUCAAAUAGAAGCCUUCAAUGUGAGCUGGAGUUUGAGAGAAGAAAAUCUGAUGGUUCAACCACUCUGGGCAUCCUGAACUCUGCUGACCUGAGCGUUGGAGAUCCAGGGUAUUGCCCAGUCAGAUUGGGCAUGAUGGGUGGUAGACUUCAGACUGGAAUCAACACCCUUCAGGGCUUCAAAGAAGACAAGAGAAACAUGGUCACCCCAGUUACCUAUAUGAAUUAUGGCCCAUUUAGCUCAUAUGCACCGACAUAUGACUCCAGUUUUGCCAAUGUCAGCAAAGAGGACUCAGAUCUUAUUUAUUCCUUCUAUGGAGAGGACAACAGUCAACCAGGUUCAGAAAGCAUUGCAGAUUGCCUAGCUAAAUGUGAGGAGCACAUGAGCCGGUUGGCAGAUAAUAUCCUGGAUGCUUUGACCAGUGGAGAGCACUCCAAACAACUAAAGGAGACUGAAACUGAUAACUUGCAAAAGGAUGAGCAAGCAGAGAAAGCUGACAUAACUGAUGAUACUGAGGUUGUUGGGUCAGAGCCCAGCAGUGGUAAUAGCGUGACGGCUCUUAGUUCAGUGUUUGGUUUCAAUCUCGACCUGCUUCAUGAGAGCUUCGACUCAGAAGAAGCUGAGCAUUUCCAGCAGAAGCUGGAUGAGACGACCGUGCUGCUGAGGGAGCUACAGAAGGCUCAGAAAGAGAGACUAAGUGCUAAACAGCCACAAAACAUCAUCUGUUUACUGGCUCCUACUUCUAAAGAACUCCAGCUUGCGGAGAAAGUUUCGGGUAACCUUGCAAAGUUGACCAGUCAGGUGACUCCAGGUGAUGUAUGCAGUGUGUAUGGUAUCAGGAAGGCCAUGGGUAUCUCAUUACCUAACGACAAUGCAGAGGACACGUUUAUUCACCUGACCACAGUGGGAGAUAUAUCUGAACCCAUGGAGGGAGUGUGUUGAGAUCCCCAUCAUUGCAGUCUAUCGGUUCUUCUUAUUCAAAAUACCCCUACGAUGGUGCUUCUAUUUUGCAUUUGUUUGCUUUUCAUUUAUUAAACAUCUUUUUUUUUUUU